GAGGAAGCUCGAGGCUGAACAUUCUGGUGCCGUCUAUGUCUGGGGACCCCUUUGCCGUCCAAGAGCACUUCUCACUCACCGCACCCCACGGCCCACAGGACUGCGAGCCGCUGGAACACACUGGAGCUUAAGAGACUGGGCCUCAUGUUGAGAAUUCAAGACAUAAAACCAAAGAUAGGCGCCCCAAAAUGGUUCCUCCCAGCCCGCGGAAGUCUGGAGACCCACCCGCCAACAGCACCCUCUGCGGCCUCCGAGGACCUACAGCUCCGCCUAACCGCCGGCCGUGGCGGAGACUCGGUUUCCCAGAAGCCCCCCGGCUGGGUCCCGCCCACAGCUCUGCCGGGCGCCCCCUGGCGGCGCGCUUCAGCUCGGCUCCAGUUCCCGGCGGCCCGCGCGGCACGUUCUCGGCGGAAGGGCUGCUCGCGAUGGCUGGGGCUGGUUCUGCCGCUGUGUCCGGGGCAGGGACCCCCGUGGCGGGUCCCGCAGGCCGCGAUCUCUUCGCCGAGGGGCUCCUCGAGUUCCUGCGACCGGCUGUGCAGCAGCUGGACUCUCACGUCCACGCUGUCAGAGAGAGCCAGGUAGAGCUCCGGGAGCAAAUUGACAACUUGGCUACUGAGCUGUGCCGAAUCAACGAGGAUCAGAAAGUGGCCCUGGAUCUCGACCCCUAUGUCAAGAAGCUGCUUAAUGCCCGGCGACGAGUUGUCCUGGUCAACAACAUUCUGCAGAAUGCGCAGGAACGGCUGAGGCGACUAAACCACAGUGUUGCCAAGGAAACAGCCCGCAGGAGGGCAAUGCUGGAUUCAGGAGUUUACCCUUCUGGUUCCCCGAGCAAGUAAACAGGCCAGAAGAUGGGGCUCAUGCCCGGCCCCAUAAUAGCACAAGUACUCUUCCCCAGCUGCCUUGCUUCCUCCAGGAACUCCCUGUAGACCUUGGGACAUCAAGCAGGCAGCCCAGUGGUUUCUGUCUGAAGCACUUAAGUCUUACCCACUUACAUGGGGCCCAAAGAAACCUGUGUACAGCAGGACUAAUGAUCCCAAAGGAUUUAUUAUGGCUCUUGCUUCCAAGAAUGGGCUGAGGACUCUACCUUUUUAAAGCCUACAUUCUCAAGGCCCAGCUCCUCUACCUUCAAGCCUGGUUAAUGAGGGGCUUCCUCCAUUGCAUGUCCUCUACCUGUGACUUGUUUUCCUUUGUUUACACUGAGGAUUUGAAGGGCAGGCAAAGUCAAGGUAAUGACCUCUGUCUACCCUCUUUUGUUGAUUGCACUGGGCUUGAAUACAGUAGCAGUAUUGGUAGGACCAUUUCAUUCAAUAAAUGCUUAACCAGUG